CAUAGCUAGCCUUACUAUCCAUUCAGGAAGACGCGGUUCUGAUUAGCUUAGCUGGCUAAAAAUCUUUAUAGUGCAAAAAUGGCGUCGGUCAACCCGUUUAAUCUCAGUGAUUCCGAGGAAGAGGCUGAACGGCGCCCCAAUGAAACAGUUGACACAGAGAGAAGCCCGAGUGACGGGGCACCGGGGCCGCCGCCAGGUAAUCCUUUCUCUCCGCCAGCGGACGCCGAGCCUCCAACGCUUCUGCUGUCUAGCAACCGGACGAGCCCCAGCGGUGAGGGCUCGGGCUCGGUCGCGGCCACCGCCGCUAUGGCAGGCACCGCCGAGACACGGAUAUCAGUGGAUGUUAUCGCCGCUCAGCUGUUACGGGACCAAUAUAUUCUCACGGCCCUGGAGUUUCACACAGAACUGUUGGAAGCAGGCAGAGAGCUCCCGAGGCUGAGGGAUUAUUUCUCUAACCCGGGCAACUUCGAGCGACAGAGCGGCACACCGCCUGCCAAGGACCAGGUACUCGGACCUGGAGGACCAUUGAACCGAGCCGGCAGCAUCAGCACCUUGGACUCUCUGGACUUCGCCCGUUACUCAGAUGACGGCAACCGAGAGUCGGACGAGCGGGUGGCAGUGCUGGAGUUUGAGCUACGGAAAGCAAAGGAGACCAUUCAGGCUCUGCGCGCCAACUUGACUCAGGCAGCAGAGAGCGAAGUGCCCUCUCAGGAGAGAAAAAACUUCAAGUCGAGUCCUGAAAUUCAGGAGCCUUUACGCCCACUGGAGAAAAGAGCCUUAAACUUCCUUGUGAAUGAAUAUUUAUUAAAAAACGAAUACAAACUCUCAUCCAUCACCUUCUCUGAUGAGAAUGACGAUCAGGACUUUGAGUUGUGGGAUGACGUCGGCCUCAACAUCCCAAAACCCCCCGACCUGUUACAGCUUUACAGGAACUGUGGUACCCCCCUCCCUUCUCCUCGGGAUACGGUUGAUGUUUCAGUAGGCGUGGAUUUCGGCGAUCUUCCAGGAAACUGCAUCGCCCAAGAUCCCCCAAAGAAGCCUGACCUCACACAUCAGCAACAGACAGAAGUCGUCCAAGAGUUGGAGUACCAGAUAAGCCUCCUCAACAAUGAGAAGCAGAGCCUUGCUGAGCAGAUCAAGAAGCUGCAGAGUGAGAUUCAAACACUAAAGAGGACUGUGUCCUCCCCACCUCCGGCCGCUCUGGACUUGGGCUCCCAGAAUACAUCCAAUCCUUCCUCUUCCACCACCGCCAUCACUUCCUCCACCGACCCUCCCUCUGUGCCUCCGACAGAUAACGGCCAGUAUCUGGACAUCCGGGGUGUUUCAGAGCCUGAAACUAAACCAGACCCCCCCUCUGCUCAGAGCAUAUCACAGCCUCACCCACAGUCCCACAAUAAGCUUAAGAGUCGGCCUCCUGUCCAGUUCGAUCAGCCCAACAGGAAGCUAUCCCCGGCCUUCCUGCAAGCCCUGCUGUCCUUCUGCAGAAUGUGCUCCGACAGCCGCCUGGGAGCAGAGGUGUCCCGCAUAGCAGACAGUGAGGAGAGCGUGAUGUUAAUGCUGGGCCGCUGCCUCCCUCACAUCGUCCCUAAUGUCCUCCUUGCUAAACGAGAGAGAAUGGUUGCACAUCUUUGCCAGGAGUUGAUCCCACUCAUCUUAUGUACUGCCUGCCUUCACCCAGAGCCUAAAGAGAGAGACCAGCUCCUCCACAUUCUCUUUAAUUUAAUCAAGAGACCAGAUGAUGAGCAAAGACAAAUGAUCUUGACAGGAUGUGUUGCAUUCGCGAGGCAUGUGGGUCCCACGCGUGUCGAGGCUGAGCUACUUCCUCAGUGCUGGGAACAGAUUAACCACAAAUAUCCAGAGAGGAGAUUGUUGGUGGCGGAGUCCUGUGGGGCCUUAGCACCAUACCUGCCUAAGGAGAUCCGUAGCUCCUUAGUGUUGUCCAUGUUGCAGCAGAUGCUCGCUGAGGAUAAGGCUGACAUGGUUAGAGAGGCUGUGGUCAAGAGUCUGGGUAUCAUCAUGGGUUACAUUGAUGACCCUGACAAGUACUCCCAGGGUUUUGAGCUGAUGCUGCUGUCACUGGGGGACCCAUCAGAGCGGGUGGUCAGUGCAGUCCAUCAGGUCUUCAUUCCUGCCUUUGCUGCCUGGACUACAGAGCUGGGCACCCUGCAAUCUGCACUCAUCCCUUCUCUGUUGGCACGUAUAGAGAAGCUACUUAUGCAAGGAGAACAUGGUCUGGAUGAACACAAGCUCCACGUGUUCCUUUCGGCCCUGCAGUCUCUCAUCCCUCCUCUGUUCGCCGUGGUGCUGCAGAACGCACCCUUCACCAGCAGAGCCAAGCUCAACGGAGACAUACCUGCAAUAGAGGUGACGCGGUUCCCCAGGCCAGCGUCGCCCCUCCAGGACGUGGCAACCAUCAUCGGCAGCAGGGAGAUGCUGAGUGCUCUGCUGCUGCUCUACGACCACCAGCUGGAGCAUGAGGGAACCACUGGCUGGGACAGCCUGCUAUGGGUGGUCAACCAACUCCUUCCGCAGCUCAUAGAGAUCGUGGGUCGUAUCAAUGUCACGUCAUCGACCUGCGUGCACGAGUUCUCACGCUUCUUCUGGAGGUUCUGUCGCACCUUCGGCAAGAUUUUUACCAACGCUAAGGUCAAACCACAGUUCCAAGAGAUCCUCCGACUAUCUGAGGAGAAUGUUGAUGUUACAGCAGGAAACGAUAUUCUCACCAAAGCCACAGUCCCUAUCUAUGCCACUGGAGUGCUGACUUGUUACAACCAGGACGAGGAUCGCAAGUUGUUGGUGGGUUUCCUGGAGGAUGUCAUGACAACACUGUCCCUGUCCCAUGCACCUCUGGACAGCUUAAAGGCUUCCUUUGUAGAGCUAGGUGCCAACCCAGUGUACCAUGAAUUGCUGCUCACUGUUCUGUGGUAUGGGGUCGUCCAUACCUCUGCACUGGUCCGGUGUACUGCAGCACGGAUGUUUGAGUUGGUUCUCCGAGGCAUGAGUGAAGCAUUAGUAGAUCGCCGUGCGGCUCCGGCCCUUAUAACUCUGUGCAGUGGGCCUGAAUUCUCAGUGAGGAUAUCCACUAUCCCUGCCUUUGGUACCAUCAUGGAGACCGUCACACAGAAAGAGCUGCUGGAGCGUGUAAAAAUGCAGCUGGCCUCAUUCCUGGAGGACCCGCAGUACCAAGAUCAGCACUCUUUGCACAUAGAGAUCAUCAGGACGUUUGGGAGGGUUGGACCUAACGCUGAGCCACGCUUUAGAGAUGAGUUCGUGUUGCCACAUCUUCACAAACUGGCGCUGGCUAACAACAGCCAGACAGUGGAGAGCAAGAGGAUUGAUAUCGCCACCCAGCUGUUUGAGGCCUACAGCGCCCUCUCCUGCUGCUUCAUUUCCGAGGAGGUGAUGGUCAACCACUUCCUGCCCGGCCUCAGGUGUCUCCGCGCCGACAUGGAACAACUCUCUCCUGAGCACGAGGUUAUUUUGAGCUCUAUGAUUAAGGAGUGUGAAAUCAAAGUGGAAAACAGAGGGAUGGCAGAUGCACAAGGCUCCAUGUCCAUCGCCUCCAGCUUGGUGGGUGAGGAUGCCAAGACGAAGUUUCUGAGCAAGAUGGGUCAGCUUACCACCUCUGGCGCCAUGCUGGCCAACGUCUUCCAGAGGAAGAAGUGAUCGCAGCACUGACUGAUGCGACUAACUGACGACCCCCUGCUGUCUUUGGGAGCAUUUCAUUCUACUGGGAAAAAAAAGCAUUGGUUCAGCUUAAAGUAAAAGGAAACCACACGAAUUGUUCAUUUUUUUAAGGAAUGAAGGUCUGCUGAAAGUUGUGUUGAUUUCAAAUCUCCAGGGCAGGCUGAGGUUUUCCCCUCCGCCCAUCCUCCUCUUAAUCCUUAAUCAUGACGAGAGUGUUGACGAUGACUGGGGAUUUGCUUUUUAUGAAUCAGUGUUGUUAACAUUGUCAUUUCAGUGAGAGGUGAGAGAGAGGAAGACACUGAGCAGUGUUGAGAUGCACCCAAAGUGAUGACAAGGGACUUGUUUCCUGGACGUUUCCGGACUUCACAGAAUUUAAUUUGAUUUCCGCGCAGUACUUCUUUUCUCGGAGGAGCUUCACUCGUCUCUAGGAAACAUGGACUCUGAGCACGUCCUGCUGGAUUUCAUUUAGAAUAUUAAGCGCCGUCUUGGAGCAAAGAGUUGUGCGAUCGCUGCAUUAACUUGCAUUUGUUACAGAAUAAUCAGACAGGAAGGCGACAAAACGGCUCCGUUAAGAAUGCCUUGUACGGUGUAUCUGUACGGCUCAGAAGUAUCGCAUACUUGAAGCUAUAAAAUAUUGUCUUGCCUUUAUUUCUUUCAAAGUCUGUCACUGGUUUUUGUUUUGACAGCUUCUAUUUUAUAACUUAUUUAUGUCUUAAUGAAAAAAAAACAACCUUAUUCCAACUUCCAAAGAAAUUUGCACUUCACUUUACUAUUUUGUUCUUUAUUAUAAAUAUAUAUAUAUAUAUGUUUUAAUUCAGAGUCUUAUACAUACUGAACGUUAUCACUACUGUUGAUGAAUUUCUUUUUUUGUUUAUCCGUUUUUGGCAAUGUGAAGUUGAUGAGAACACUGAUCAUAAUUAUUCCCUCUCUGUCCGUUGCAUCGUGUCUCUCUGUGUUGCAGUGUCUCUGAUAAUUGUACUUUUUUUUUUUCUAAAGUGGGUAUUUGGUUCUAUUUUUUGGUUGUCGUUCCUUUUCAAUAUGCUCUAAGAGAAACAGUAAAUAACUGUAUCAUACACUGAACUGAAGAGGAUGGUACCCAUUAUGUAUAUUUGAAAUCGGUGUCAUGGUGUAAUAAAAGAUGGAGAUGAGUUGUGUACUUAAAUACA